UGGAGCUGAAACAGAAAUGUGUUGUUCGAUAGUGCUUAUGGACUGCGCCUUAAACAGCCUGAAGACGUAUAUGCAGAUAAAAGCAAACAGCGUGCACUUUUCUAAUCCCUGGUGGCUCUUUCUUUUGCAAAGAAGCUAUCCGAUCUCUAACUGAACCCUCUUUAUCUUUGCGAAAGUCUACCUCUUGAGUAACACGGGAGUGAGGUCAGCAUAGCAUGACUCAACCUUGGAUGUGCAUGCAGUCAUUUCUGGGCUCUUGCUUUCCCAGCUUGGCGCAUGGACAUACAGGAGUUUGUUUCUGAUCUGAUCCCUGAAGAGAGCGGCACUGGAGUCAAAAAGAUUAUAAGCGUAACUGCAUUACUCUCUCUUCAGGUUGUCACCCAUGAACACACAACGGAAGUCAAGUUCCAGGAGUUUCAAAUUGCCUUGAUACGCUAGGAGUAGAAGAAGACUUGGUACAAAGGAAAGCAAUAGACAUGUUUGAGGGUCUGUCAGUUGACACUGUGAUUUCUGCUAAUGGGAUGCUGCAGUUUUGCAUUUUAAAGCUGACUUCCAUUCCAACUAUGCUUAGCAGAUUUGGAUGACCACAGACUCUUUAAAACCUCUAACUACAUUUGUGAAUAAAGAGGGACCUAGAAGGUUAAUCACACUGGAGAGAGCUUAGUGUGGUUUGGAGGUUUGAACUCUUCUUUACCCCUUCACGAGCUCACUCCAGCCCUCUCUUACCAUCCUUAUUCAUGGUAGUCAUGAGUUUGCCAGCUCAACAGAAAGCCAACACAAAGAGGACAGGCAAACGCAUCACUUUCUUUAACGACCAGGGCGUUGCAAUGAAAGAAGCUUCUCAGCGCACGGAGGGCUCCUACUAUGGCAUGGGGGCCCCUCCCUCAGAGUCAGGCCACAGUGAGGCUUCGGGUGUAGAAAGCUCCACUGCUGAUGCACCACAUAUGUUUCUCAAUUCUGUCAUUUUCAGCCCAGAGAAGGGCAGCCAGAACCGAGGCCAUUACCAACAGACUAUGGCUAUGAAGUGGCCACACCAGGAGCUAUCCCAGCAACCUCAGCAGAGACCUACAGCCUGGUCUCAGGGUGUCACAACAACGACUUGGGCUCAGAACUAUCCUCCAUACCUGGGAACGCAGCCUGGUUUUGUGAAGCAGGUGCCUGACGGCAUUGCAAUACCACAGCAGCAGCCAGCUGCCAUUAGGAUGGCAGAAAAGCAACAGGCACCUAACACAGGCAGCGAAGCCUUUAGGGAUGCUUCUAAAGCCAGCAGCGGUCUGGACUGGGAGCAGCAGCAGCAAGCCUUUCAGCAGGGUCACAAACCUGCACUUUUCAAUCCCCAGCAGAAUGUGACAUCUACCACUGGGAACACAUCAGUGCUUCAGCCCUUUCAGUUAGCUUUCGGGCAGCCCAGGCAAAACUUGGCAGCAGGCUAUUAUCAGGUAUUCCAUGGUAACAGAACCUUGCAAAAUGUGAAUUUUGUAAACAGCACCCAAACAAAUUCCCAAAAUCGAAUUCAGCAGCAACUUCAGCAGCAGCAACAGCAACUUCAGCAGCAGCAGCAACUUCAGCAGCAGCAGAUCCAGAGACUGAUGCUUCAUAAACAGCAAAUUCAGCAGCAAACUCAACAGCUAGUACACCAACAACAACAAAUACUCCAACAACAGUCACAACAACUAGUGCAAUCACAACAGACACAGCCACAACAGCAAGCACAGCAUUUAAACCAGAUCCAGCAGCAGUCGAUACAACAGUUACAAAUACAACAGCAAGCACAGCCACUACAACAGCAGUUACAGCAACAUUUGCAAAAAUCUCAGCAGCUGCAGCAAGUGCAACAGCCCCAAUCACUAAAUCAGCAAAAAGCCGAACAACUACAAAAGCUGCAGCAGAAUCAGCAAGCAGUGGAAUAUUCCUCUGCUGGCAAACAACCGCCAUCACUUUCCCAACCUGAGCAAUCAACAGGGCAAUCCCAGGACACACCUGAAUCAACACAGCCCCCGGAUAAUGCUCCUCAGUGCCCUCCUGUCCUUCCUCAGGCAUCCACUGAGACACAACAACCUGGACCACGGAGGUCUCGGCGCCUCUCCAAAGAGGGUGGAGGACAGGCGACAGAGAAUCCUGUCCUCAUGCCUGCUGAGCAACAGACUCAGGGCUCUCAUAAUGGGGCCACUGAAGCAAGUGAGGCUGGAGCCAAGCAGGCCAUCCGAGCUGCUCCUACAGGGGUUAUCCAGAGCACACGGCGAAAGAGAAGGGUGUCCCAAGAGGCCAACCUGGAGACGUUGGCGCAGAAGGCCUCCGAGAUGGAGUGCUUACCUUCAGACACAGUCAAGGAGUCUCACAGGUCCUGGAGCCCCCCAGCAUCAGGCCCCGGUCGAGGGGUUGGAGAGAUGGAGGGUUUGAGUGCCAAACGUGCAAGAGAUGAGAGCCUGGUGCCGCUGGUGAUCCCAGUGUCAGUUCCUGUACGGCGGGCAGACCCCACUUCUUUGGACCAGGAGCAAACCUCUCUCUCAGCCAGCUGGCCCCAGCGGCCCAGUGACCCAAACCGGAAUGACCACAAACCCUCCGUCAUCGUCACACGCCGCCGCUCGCUACGGAACUCUCUGUCUGAGAGCUCGAGCCAGAAUGGCGGAGCUGAUGUUGGCGACGUAGAUGGCAAAUCAUCCAAGGCAAAACGGCGUCCACGGCCGGAGCCGCUCUUCAUCCCUCCGCCCAAAGUGAGCACACUGAUUGCGCCACCUGUUUACUCUAGCAUCACGCCCUACCAGAGUCACCUUCGCUCGCCAGUAAGGCUGGCUGAUAACCCGCUCACGCUGCCUCCUUACACCCCUCCACCCAUCCUCAGCCCUGUGAGAGAGGGUUCGGGCCUUUACUUCUCGACCAUACUCUCUGCUGCUGCGGCUGUCGCAGGAACACAGGGCCUACCGCCGCCCGCGACACCCAAAUCAGCCACCCGUAGCCUCCUCCGCUCUAACAGCGCUGAGAUUACCCCUCCAGUGUUGUCUGCUAUGAGCGAGGCUACUCCUGUCAGCGUUGAGCCGCGAAUAAACAUUGGGCAGAGGUACCAGGCGGAGGUGCCCGAGCUGAAGGAGCGCUCGGCUGCGCAGCUCGACCCACACAAGGCUGAGCUGGUGUGGGCGCCACUGCCUGAGCUGGAGUCCAAAGGCCAGCAGCAGGAAAGAGUGAAUGACCUCAUGCACCUGGCCUGCUCCAGUGCACUGUGUGGAGGAGGGACCAAUCAGGAGCUGGCCAUGCACUGUCUCCACGAGUGCAAGGGUGAUAUCAUGGGAGCCCUUACCCUCCUUCUUUUGAAAAACCCCAUCUUUCCCAAAUUUCAUCCUCUGGCAGAUUACCACUACUCCGGCUCAGACAACUGGACACCUGAGGAGAGACGCGUCUUCAACAAGGGCAUCUCUACCUACAAGAAAGACUUCUUCAUGGUGCAGAAAAUGGUAAACUCCAAGACAGUGGCUCAGUGUGUGGAGUUCUAUUACACCUAUAAGAAACAGGUGAAGAUCGGCAGGAAUGGCACACUCAUCUACGGAGAAGCAGAGCUUCCUGAAACGCGACCCACAGAGGAGGAAGUGGACUAUAAAGGUUCACAGAGAUUUGAUUUGCGAAAGGAAGAGGAAGAGGACAGGAAGUGGGAGGUAUCAGGGGACAGGAAGCGAGAGAGCAGCCCUGACAGGGUGACACAAUCUCUACAGGCCAGUGAAAAUACUGCUGCAGUACUGGUCUUAAGGAGUCAGGAGGAGGGAAGACGGGACCAUCCAACGGUUGCGGUGAGCCAUGCCCCCACAGUGCCUCCUAAACCCCGGCCAGAGAGCACGGUGCGGAAGAGCGGGGUCGGGACAAAAGGCUCUGCAGGACAAGAGGGAGAAUUUCCCUGCAAGAAAUGUGGAAGGAUAUUCUAUAAGGUGAAAAGCCGGAGCGCACACAUGAAGAGCCAUGCUGAGCAAGAGAAGAAAGCAGCGGCUCUCAGGCAGCGGGAGGCUGAGGAGCGCGCGGCAGCGGCCGCAGCAGCCUUAAUGGCUGCUCAGCAGAAUGGAUCUCGAGGGGAGCAAGCAGCAACGCGACGAGCCAGCAGCGAGGACUCCUCGGAUGAGGAAGACUCCACAGAUGAUGAAGACUGGCACUAGCAAAUACUCUCUUUUUCUGCAUGGCGGAGCUGGGACGCUUCUCCAACGUGACCUGAUACAUUGGUCUGCACGGGGAGGAAUAACGGGGAGAUGGAACAUGAACGCCUUCAGGGACUAACUUACUCCCUUAAUGUGUGUGUGUGUGCGUGUGUGUGUGCGUGUGUGUGCAUGCGUGCGCGCAUGCGUGCAAGCAUGUGUGUGCAUGUGCCAGGGUGUGAGUGUCAAAGAGAAGCAUUCAGGGUUUCUCAUUCAGACAUAGGGCUAUAGGGAGUACAAGCCAAGGGUGUGUGUGUGUGUGUGUGCGUGCGUGUGUGUGUGGGCAUGUGCCAGAGAGUUAGUGUCAAAGAGAAGCAUUCAGGGUUUCUCGUUCAGACAUAGGGCUAUAGGGAGUACAAGCCAAGGAGGGUGUGUGUGUGUGUGUGUGUGUGUGUGUGUGUGUGUGUGUGUGUGUGUGUGUGUGUGUGUGUGUGUGUGUGUGUAGAGUGAGGGGCAGUACCAAACACUGUCCUAUGACCGUUUCAGUCCCCUUACGCACACUGGGUGCAGCCCAGGAGUUCCACCUGCUUACCCUAUCCACCUGCCCACCUACCCAGCACAGACUCGCUUCACCCCUUUAUUAUCCGCUGUGAUUCAGGCCAGCAUGCAUUCAGUGCUCUGGACACUGCAGGACAUGUAACCUGGCAAAGACAGGAGGACGGACUAAUGUCACUCUUGAUACGUUUUGUCCUCUAUUGAGUUUUCUAAAUGAAAUCUGUUUGUGUGACUCUUUUACGGUUGACUGCCAAAAGCUUGCACAGCUGUACAUGUGCACCUGUUUUUUUUUUUUUUUUUUUUUUUUUUUUUUUU